CUGGUGGUACGUACGCAUACGGGUGGCUCGUGGGUCCGUGGCGAGGGUGGAUUUUAAAGGAAUUCUGUUUUUGUGUUGUUUUGCUGUCGAAGUAGUCAUCCGAAGUCAUGCCCAUGUACCAGGUAAAGCCGAUCAGUGGUGACAUAAAGAUUGAUUUGCCAACCUGCAUGUACAAGUUACCGAAUAUCCACGCGCAGAACAGCGGCUGCGGAGAGCAUGCGCACCAGAAUGGAGAGGUGGACCCAGCGAUCAGGGCGCUGGAAGCCCGCCAAGAUGAGAUCAUGCGGCGCCUCUACGAGCUGAAGGCAGCCGUGGACGGACUGGCCAAAACAGUCACCACCCCCGACGCAGACCUGGAUGCCACCACCAUCCCCCAGGGUGGCGCCAUCUCCAUGCUCACCAGCACGGCUGAUCUGGACACGCUGCUGGGCAAGGACCCGGGGGCCCUGAGGGACAUCGUGAUCAACGCCCACCCUGCCAGGCCUCCCCUGUCCUUGCUGGUCCUGCACAGCCUGCUGUGCCAGCGCUACCGGGUGCUGUCCACCGUCCACGUCCACUCAUCCAUCUCAGCCGUGCCCCCGCCGCUGCUGACCUGCCUGGGCCCGCGGGACGCCCACAGCUAUACCCGCCAGCGCUUCCAGCUGGGCUUCACCCUCAUAUGGAAAGACGUGCCGAAGACGCAGAUGAAGUUCAGCGUGCAGAGUAUGUGUCCCAUCGAGGGCGAGGGCAACAUCGCCCGCUUCCUUUACCGGCUGCUGGCAGCAGAGCCCCGGGACCCGGCCGCCGCCACGCUGGCGGACAGCUGGGUGGACACGGCGUUCUUCCAGAUGGCCGAGGGCGGGAGCAAGGAGCGGGCUGCCGUCCUCCGGGCGCUCAACGGGACGCUGGGGCGGAGUCCCUGGCUGGCAGGGGCGGAGCUCUCCCUCGCCGACAUCGUGUGCGCCUGCUGUGUGCUCCAAUCUGGCUCUGCCUCCUCUGCCCCGCCCAACGUCCAGAAGUGGCUGAAGUCGUGCGAGAACCUGGGCCACUUCAGCCGCGCCUACGCCCUCCUGCAGUGACCCCACCCACUACUGAUAGUCUGUCCACUACACCACGCCCACACGGGAGGACUUGAAUACGUUACAUGGUGAUGUUAGGUAAUGAUUUUUUAAAAAAAAAAAAAGUCAUAUGUAGUAAACACCUAACUCCUUCCCACCUCAUGCCUCUAUAACCUCAUAAUAUCUGGUGUGUGUGUGUGUGUGUGUGUGCGUGCGUGUUGCGUUUUAUUGAGAAACAGACUAGCUCUCGAGCAUAUGAAGUGUUGUAUUAUGGACUAGCAAAGGGACCUGCUGCUUCAUGGGCAGUAUGUGAUGUAUGACUUCGUAGCAGUUUCUUUGUUUUGUUUUCUUAAAAUCUAUUAAAAUUUUCACCUUGA